AUGGCAGGGGAGACCUUCCCCUUCACCUCCUCCACACUGCGUGCCCUCCGCCUGCAGCGUGAGUGGCUGGAGUGGGAGGACCGGCGCAGGGCUGCUGCCCAGCAGUGCCGGAGCCACCGGAGCCUCUCCAGUCCCAGGACUCGACUCAUGAGGCCUCGCCAGUCCUGCCGAGACCCUGCAGUCCACAAUGCCCUGUUCUCGGGUGACCUGCAGCAGGUCCAAGCCCUGUUCCAAGAUGAAGAGGCUGCCAACAUGAUUGUGGAGACUGUGAACAACCAGCUGGCCUGGUCAGCGGAACAGGGGUUCUGGGUGCUGACACCCAAGACCAAGCAGACGGUACCCCUCACCAUCGCUGCAGCCAGAGGCUACAAAGACUGCGCCCGCCACCUGAUCAUGCAGGGAGCUCAGCUGGACUCCAGGGUUGGGGGCCGCACUGCCUUGCACGAGGCCUGCGCCCAAGCCCAACUUGACUGUGUGAGGCUGCUGCUCACCUUCGGUGCCAAGGCUAAUGUGCUGUCAGAGGAGGGCAUGACACCCCUGCAUCUCUGUACAACUCCGGAGUCCCUGCAGUGUGCCAAGCUGCUCUUGGAGGCUGGAGUGAUGGUGAACUUGGCCGCGAAGGAGAGUGACGUAACGCCCCUGCACGUGGCGGCAGCGCGCGGCCUGGAGCACCACGUGGCCCUCUACCUGGAGCACGGUGCCAACGUGGCCCUGCGCACCAGCCAGGGCGAGACGGCGCUGAACGCGGCGUGUGCGGGGGCUGAGGGCCCGGGUCCCGGCCGGCAGCACGAGGCCACAGCUCGCCGGCUUUUGGAGGCUGGGGCUGAUCCUAGGGCAGCCGGGCGCAAGCAGCACACGCCGCUGCACAACGCGUGUGCCAAUGGCUGCGGGGGCCUGGCCACGCUGCUGCUGAGCCACGGGGCCCACGCUGGAGCCCGCAACGGGGCAGGCCACACACCCAUGGACUGCGCGCUGCAGGCAGUCCAGGACGCCCCAAACUGGGAGCCCGAAGUCCUCUUCGCUGCUCUGCUGGACUAUGGGGCCCAGCCUGUGCGCCCUGAGAUGCUGAAACACUGUGCCAACUUCCCUCGGGCCCUGGAAGUCCUGCUUAAUGCUUAUCCUUGCGUCCCAUCCUGUGACUCGUGGGUGGAGGCAGUGCUCCCUGAGCUGUGGCAGGAACACGAGGCCUUCUACAGCUCAGCUCUGAGCAUGAUGAACCAGCCUAGACGACUACAGCACCUGGCCCGCCUAGCUGUGCGUGCUCAGUUGGGUAGCCGCUGCCGGCAGGUGGUCACUUGCCUCCCACUGCCCUCAGUCCUCAAGGAGUACCUGCUGCUGCGCGUGGAGGGGCGCAUCCAGUGAGCCUUGUGG